CCUUGGGCAGCCUCAAGCAGGAAGUGAUACCCAGACAUUUGAGGGUAUACUCACCAAAGAAUGGAUUUGGUUAGCCAAGAAAAAUUUGCAUGAAGAGAACCAUCAGUUCUCUGAGAAUUGUUGAAGAAUAAGAGAGACCUACAUCAUGUCUGUCUCAGCACAGCUCAGUGGUGUCUACACUAUGGCCUGGAUUCCUCUCCUCUUCUUCCUCCUUCAUUGCACAGGGUCUUUCUCCCAACUUGUGCUGACUCAGUCACCCUCUGCCUCUGCCUCUCUGGGAGCCUCAGUCAAAAUCUCCUGCACCUUGAGUAGUCAGCACAGCACCUACACCAUUAUUUGGCUCCAGCAACAUCCAGACAAGGCUCCUAAGUAUGUGAUGUAUCUGAGUAGUGAUGAAAGCCACAACAAGGGGGAUGGGAUCCCUGAUCGCUUCUCUGGCUCCAGCUCUGGGGCUCAUCGCUACUUAAGCAUCACCAACAUCCAGUCUGAAGAUGAAGCUGACUACUACUGUGUUUCAAGAGAUAGCAGUGGACACACCCAGGCAGGGGGGAGCUCCCUGCUCCCUGAAUCUGGUCAGCCCAAUGCGGCACCUUCAGUCACCCUGUUUCCACCUUCCUCUGAGGAGCUCAAGACUAACCAGGCCACACUGGUGUGUAUGAUCAGUGGCUUUUAUCCAGCUGAUGUGACAGUGGCUUGGGAGGCAGAUGGUACCCCUAUCACCCAGGGCGUGAAGACCACUCAGCCUUCCAAAAGUGACAACAAGUACAUGGCUACCAGCUACCUGACCAUGACAGCAGGAGCAUGGAAAUCUAAAAACACUUUCAUCUGCAAGGUCACUCAUGGAGAGAACACUGUGGAGAAGAGUUUGUCCCCUUCAGCAUGUUCCUAG